AAAAAGACCUACCAAUUGAACAAGAAGUCUUACAAUCUAUAUCUUCACAAUCUUAUAAUAUUGAGGAUAUCAAAGAUCUAUGGGAAAUAAUUGAAGAAACUGUAAUUGCCUCCGGUCAAGCUCUAGGAUAUGAUGAAUUAUCAGAUAUAUGGGAUUUUAAUUUUUCAGAUGAAGAGAGCUUUUAUCCAAUUCCCAGAAGAAACAGAGAAUCUCCUACAUAUCACAUUAAAGAUCUAAUUAAUAUUAGAUUAAAACAAAUUGAACACUUAUUAAAACUUAGGAUUAAUUAA